AAAACAGUCACGGUGGUUGAUCGACUGACUGUCACCCUGUGUGUAGUAGUUGGUCAUCAGACGGAAAUGGGGCGGGUAUAGUACAGUUGUAUAGAGUUCAGUGCGACAAAAAUGUCCGAGUCCACGUUGAUAGCAUUAUUAUUUUGGUUCGGUACGUUGUCGUGACAUCGCUGAAACUGAUCGCUGAGAAUUCCACCACGCACCACGACUCCGUUUGAUGAGAACUUGACAGUAUGUUGCAACAGGGACAUCAUCGGCAGAACAACGUGCUGGACUCCACGUCUGACUUCGACUCACCGAGGCCAGCAAGACGCUCCAGACACGGACAUUCAACCACCCUUCCCCAUAAUUUUGACCCAGGCCGUCGAAGGUCGUGGAUUCCCGGCCUUGAGAGCGGUGUGUCAUUGUUUUCUUCACACAGCCAGAAAUCCGUUCGAAUACACGGUCUGAGCGACGAUGAAUGGCACAGUCUUUUGUCUGCAAUCACUGCCAUAUUCACACGCAAGAAAGUAGAGCCAGCUGAUCUGUUUGGGCUACACAAGAAAAUACAAGUGGUGCUAAAAUCAGAAAUCAGUACAUUCCUAGGAGAGUAUUACAAGACGCAUCUGAUAAAGAAAGGAAUGAUUAUUCUUAGAGACGAGGUUAACAAAACAGUCGAGAAGAAAAAUGGAAUCAUUACUGCCUUGUCUCAACUUUGGACCGAGUUCUAUUCUACGAUAUUACCACAGUUGCAAGCAAUUUUUAACCCAGUACAGACAACUGAUCUUACGAUACGGCAGAUGACGUUGGUUGGAUUCAGAGAUUAUGUUGUUCUCAACGUGAAGGUCGAAGAUGCUCUUCUUGAGGAAAACGUCGUGAUAACCCCCGAGGUCAAACAGAUGAUGCUGGUGCUUCAACACGUACAGGACACCAAGCCUCCGUCUGAAAACUAUCUGAAAUUGGAAGAGAUGGUUUCCAGAAUAAUCGAUCCCUAUAUCGGAACACGUGGUCUCUACAUUGGCGGUAGACUGAAAGUUAACAGAAAGAUUUCUACCGUGACAAGACCUACUCUGUUACAAUGGAGCUACUCGUUCACAGAAAGUAACAACAAUAAACCUAGUAAUUUGAGGCGUACGGAUUCAGUCGAGUCGGCGAAGUCUCCCGGUUCCAAUGGAAAAGUUGUAUUCAGCAUACCAGGUGACAGUACCGACUCGGAAGGCACGAGUGAAAACGGAAAUGACGACACGUGCAGUGGGAACGGGAACGGAAACGAUAAUGCGAAUGACAAUUACAAUGUGGAUGGAAUGCGACGUAUGAACAUUCGUCGAGGGAGUGUCCCAAUUCUUCCGUUGUCCAGAAAUACAUUGACAGAAGAGAGCGAAGAAGAAGAUGAGAUGAUCGAGACUGGGUUCAGUCUCGAUGACAGAGGACACGUAUGUUCCGUAUCGACGCCUAAGCAAAUCCCGCGCAGAAAAAGGAGUACAUCCGAAUUGCCCGACCUGUCUAAAUUUCAGCGGGACUUCAGACGGGGUAGCAUGCCCUCUGUUUCAAUUUUGAAAAAUUCAAAUAAUAAUGGCAUCCGAGCGUCUGAGGGAAAAGGGCACAAAAGUAGAUUCCAUUUGCGAUUCAGUCACAGGAAAUCAAAAACCGUGAAAUACCUUUAAACUUCAAGAGAACAAUAUAACGCCAAUAUUACAUAUCAAAGUGAUUUACAAAGCCCCAUCCCGAUUUUACGUUAUGACAGUAUUCAUCCGUGAAUAUAUUAUUCUUCUCGUUAUAUUUUGAUUACGAUUUUUAGCAAUGCCUUCCGAAUUAUGUUUGGUGAAGACAAGGACUUUUAAAACAUUUCUUGACCGAAAAAAAAAUAUAAUACACUUUUUUAUUCUAUAAGGAAGCGUUUCCGUGACGUAAAAAUGACGUAUAUGGUUGUAAAGCAAUCAAAUAAACAACUGUAUCUGUUUGGUUGGUUUGCCGUUCGUCAUUUUAAUCUCUAUUGACGGGUUACUGAUUAAAACAUUUCCCACGUCGUCAAUGGCGUCUUUUUCGUCAAUUACGUCACGGAGGCAUUUUGACGCUAGAGGGCGUGACUUUUAGGAACAGUUGUUUUGUUGAGAUUCUUCACAUAUCCCACGGUAGUUUCAAGUAUGGUUGGUUUUUUUUAUUGAUAAUCAGGUUUAUCCAUUCCGCAGACGUUUGCGAAUGAUUGUACGUGUUCAACGUCCUGUUCAUUCAUACUAUAAAUUGUUCAACUAUUUGUGAUGACUAUCACGUCGAGUGACACAUUAAAAAAAACGAAACAUUUAACGACAGGUAUUUUGACAGAUUUAAAGAUUUUAGAUUGUUGUAUUUAGUAAGAUUCGAUUAACCCAAAAUUAGAUUGAAAACGUGGUUAGAUAUUGCAAUGUAUGCACAUUCGAAGCAACUUGUAUUCAGAAACAUGAUUUUACAGUUAUGACGAUGCAUUUGUUAUAUGCGCCCUCUGGUGUCGAGUGUGUUUACGACGUAUGGGUAAACUUAGAUAUGGUUUUGAUAUGUGGUUGUCUGUAUUGCAUUUUACUGUGUGUGCGUGAAUGAAAGGAACGCCUAAUUACCAUCGUCAGCAAACUUGCUAUCGAAUCGCCUGUGCUGGCGUCUGGAGAUCGUUGUCAGAUUAGGCCAUCCCAUUUUCAAUAGGAGACCAAGAUAUUUUUAGAGAGGGGUAUGAUCGGUAUAUGAAUUUUCCAUAUUAAUUUUUAUCGUUGUAAUUGUACUUUAUAAUUUAUUACAUAUAAAAUUGCGCAAAACUAGAAAACAUGCGAAAAUAUAGCAUAAAGUAACGACUUGACAGUGCGCCCCUCUCAGUAAAUACCACUGUCUCCUUUUGAGAAUGAGGUUGCCCAAAUUGUUUCAAAUUGAUAACGAUCUCCAGACAUCAACACAGGGAAUUCGUUAGCAAAUUUGCUGAGGAUGUAGGUAAUUACAGGGGAUGUUCCUUUCAUUCACGCGUCCACAGCAUGUAACAAACGACUACAUGAAAAAAAAAAACUGUCUAUAUGAACGUAAUUGGUUUUACCCAACUACAUCAUUUUAAUAUCACUCACGAGGGCGCUACUGAAAGGCACGUGGUUUCUCAACACUUUUGAUUAAACUAGUGCCUAGAUAAUUCGCUAAAUAUGUAUGUUGUUGUACGUAAUUUUGUAAUUUAUUUUUCGUUUUUAUUAAUUAUCUCGAUUAACGUUAUUUUACCUUCAACUUUAUUAUUUUACAGUAUUAAAUUACUGGAUUCAAGUGUCAAAAAUAUUAUUUAUUAAUUAUUUCAAUUUUUAUUUUGCAAUGUUUGUUUUUUUAAUUUACUUGAUGAAUAAUUUUAUUCAUAAUUAUUUAUUUUUCAAGCAGGUUGUUGUGAAAUGUCACGGUACUUUUCUGGGUGACGGUUAAAACGGGACAGUCGUCACCAGCGCAAUGCAUAAUGCGUCAGAUGUCCAUAGCGCGUCAUUGUUUACAAACAAGCGUCUACCUUUGCGUUUUUAGCGUGUGUUGUUAUCGUCGCUUGGGACUCAAUUCCCGCGCAAGCGCAGGUGACGACCCUCCCGCUUUAAGUAUUCCAGUUGUCGCUUAAAAACAAAACGAUUUAGUGAUUCUUUCGUGUACGCCUUGACCUUUAGUGAGAAUUCGAUUUGGUGACGUCAACGAGUGAAAGACUGUAGACUGUACCAUAGUUCUUUGCGCGCUUUCCCCGUGGGUCGUGCAACGUGCUAGUUUGUAUCGAGAGAUUUACUGCGUUCAAUAUCAAAAAAUUGUUUAGGGCAGCGUUUCGUUGCUAGACCUGUUUUACUUCACAGACGUCUUGCAUACAUUUUCCGCAAUAAUGCGAACUUGCAAACUGUUAACAGUUUCGUCGUUACCAAACGGUACGUUGGUGCAUUUGAAUGCUUUAUACACUCGGGACUGGGUUAUUUAUAAUUUUUUUUUUCCAAUUAGCCCUGUAGUAUUGUAAUUUACUUCUGCAACUGUAUAUUUUGAGAAAAAACGAAUGCUUGAAUUCGUUCCGCAUAUUUACUGUGAUGUGUGAGGGACGAACACUUGCGUCACUUGCAGCUACAUGAACUGGGCAACAAUUAGUAAAAAUGUUUCCACGGAACUAUGUACUCUAUUAUUAAAGGACUGUAAGUAUUUCAUUACUAUUUGUGUGUAUUUGAACAAAGCAAAAUAUUGCUUUUCAUUUACUAUUUGUCGCCGUGUUGCUUAGUAAGUAUUUUGUUCGUGGUCGACCGCCGCGGGAAUCGGUGCUGGUGGCCGGUGCCGGGGAUCGACAAGUUGAGUAAUUAACACUGUACCGUUCACUGCAAUCUGUAAUUCAUAUUGCUUGAUACACCGAUUUCGUUCAACCAAAUAAAAAAUAACAUUCAAUUUGAA